CGCAUCAGGAACGGUGCGAGGUGCGCCCACAGGCCACUGGCUGGUCUGAUAAUACGCUUAUCGCAGUACCGCAGCCGCGCGUCGCACUGCUGCGUGCCUUGAUUUCAGCGGCGGGCAGCUACGCACGCAACAGCCGACACAGGCCAGCAAAGGCCUCACGCGAGCGCGCCGUCGCCGCGGCGCCAGAGACACAAGGCCCCGCCGCCACAGAAAGACAAGGCGCGGCGCAGCGCACCACCAGUUCACCACAAUGGACACAAGCAUGACCUUCGACAACGCCGCGCCCUGCGCGACGCGCUGCAAUUUCUGCAGCGCGUGCGUCCACUACCGGACGAACGUCCGCAUCCAACAAAGACGGGAAAAACAAGAACGGGACCGCCGGCGCGGCAUCGCGCCUCCGCCUCCACCCGAACCCGCGCCGUCGCCGGCCAAGAGGGCGAGGACGAUCUCGCAGGAGCCCUUCGUUGAUGUUUUAUUAGCCGCGGCGCGCGACCCGCUCGCCGUGCCGCCGCGGUCGGCGCCGGCGCGGACGCAGACGGCGCCCUUCUUCAGUGACGCGGCCAUGGCGCCGCCGCCGCCGCGCGCCUCCAAGCGCAAGGCCGAGGAGACGCCGCCCGUCGACAAGGCGCCGCCCGCGCUGUCGCCGACGCCGCCCGAGCGGCGCCCCGAGCUGGCGCGCGAGGCGCCCGCGCGGGCCCCGUCGCCGGCCCAGCCCUUUGAAAUCGUCGCCGUCGACGACACGCCUCCCGAGGAGACGGCGCCGCCGCCGGUCCCUCCAUUGUCGACGCAAGUGACGCCCCUCGACGAGGAGGCCGACGUUAUACAGCAGAACUCUCGGUCGCUACCCAUCCUGCUCGAGGAGACGCCUCCAUUAGUACCGCAGCGGUCGCACUCCGCUCCAGUGAGUGACACGACGAGACACUACGUCGAUUCGCAGUCGCCGCGAAGAGGUUUGUUGGCGGGCCACGCGCUGGCCUUCGCCAUCGGCAGCGGCCUGAACAAGCCGCAGGCCGAAACGCUCGCCCUCAAAGUGAAAGUCCACGCGGGCCGGCUCGUCAAGGGCGCCGGCAAGAAGGCCAUCGACGGGAUUGUGAAAGAACGCGCUUCAAUAGAAGAUCGAAGAAAGGCCUUCGGUGCCGCUACCGUGGUCAUUUGCGGGCCGCGAGCUCGCGUCGACGCGCCCGAAUUGGAGGGGGCGCGGAAAUGCGCCUCUGUAGCGUGGCUCACGGACGCCUUCGGUUCUAAGAGACUAGGCCACGUCGACGACUACGCUCCAUUACCUGCUGUAGUUGUGGAAGCGCCACCGCCGCCUGAACCAAAGAAGCCGCGGACGUCGUGGCCUGUGUGGAAAUCAACCAGUGCGUCGGGUGCUCGUCACGCCAUCGAGCAGGCGUCGCGUCGAUGGCGUGGAGGACGACGCGAUGAUUCAGCACGAGCGCGCCGUAAAAUUUUGAUUUCCACACAGGUCGUGGCCCGAGCGCAUGAAGCAAGGGUUGGCCUGCCAAAGGGCGCCCAAACCAGAAGGCGAGCUGCCGCCGAACGACCGAAUCGUCAAAAAAUUAGAGGAGCUCUGCGGGUUCUACGAGUCUUCGGACGACGGCACGAGCCAGUUCCGGCUGCGCAUCACGCGGCGGGCCGUGAACAAGCUCAAGUUACUAGGACGGGAUUUGACCGACGACGACGUCGAGGAACAUAAUCUGAGAAAGAUCCUGGGCUCGAAGUUCGCGAAGAAAGACAGCAACAAGGGUCUGGUGCAGAAGAUCACGGAAAUUCAUGAAAGUGGUGACCUCGACCGGCUCAGGGAGUGGCGCGCGGACCCGCGGAGGUGCGCGAUCAUGGAGCUGUCCAAGGUCUGGGGCAUUGGCUACCGGAAGGCGCAGACGCUGAUCGACAAGAAUAAUAUCUGGUCCGUCAAGGAGCUCAAGGAAGAAGCGGAGAAGAAUCCCAAGAUCGUCGAGGCGCGCGUGCACCGAACCUUGCGGUGCCACGACGAUCUGCAGCUAAGGAUGUCGCGCGAGGAAGCUUUAGAGAUCGGCGACCGCGUGCGCAGUUGCGCGAAGGCGGUCUUCGCGGAAUUGCUACCUUUACAUGACGUGGCGAAGCUGAAAGUCGAGGGUGCGCCGGCGGCGUCCCGCUUUGGUCGCUCGCGCGUCGAUCUCGCGUCGAUGGCGUCGCCGCGACGCCGCGACGCCGUCGCCGCGCGCAGGUCCCAUGGGGUCGUUUAGGAGGGGCCAGCCCGACUGCGGCGAUGUUGAUGUGUUGGUGACGCACGAGGACUGGUUGGAUGAUCCGGAACGAACCGUAUCACUGGACAAGCAGUCGCAGGAGUCGUCGCUGUCUCGGUCUUCCUACGCUAGAACGAGGAAUUUGGGCGACGAAGAGGCCACUGAAGGUGAAGACCCCGACUACGGCGCGCAGCGGUCGCGGGCGUCGCGGGACAAGUUCCUUGCUACGUUGCGAGAUAGGUUGCAUGCCCAAGGCUUCCUCACGGACCAUCUCGGUGGCGACGGCUUCCAGAAGAAGACGACGACGGUCCAGGGCGAGGUGCCCGGCGCCGGGUGUAGCUCGUACAUGGGCAUCUGCAAGCCGAGAGACACGCAUCGGCGGCUAGAUAUCAAGGUCUACGCGCCGCAGCACUACGCGUACGCGAUGAUUUACUUCACGGGCAACGACUACUUCAAUAGAAGUAUGAGAUGCUACGCGAAGGCGUGCGGCUACUCGUUAUGUGAUAAAGGGUUACGAAAAGCCGCGCGGUCGGGCGUCUCGCACAAGGACGGCAAGUAUAUUGAUAAUAAAGUCGCUGUCGGAAGGUUGGUGGUCUGUGAAGAAGAAAGAGACGUCUUCGAGGUGCUCGGCUUAGAUUACAAGGAGCCGCACGAGCGCAACGUGUCCGACAACGCGACCGAAGUCGCGGAGAAGGCGCGGCGGUUGUUCGAGGAGCAGCGGCGCGGCGGCGUUGUCGUUGAUUCCGAUAGCGAUGACGAAGAUGCUAGGCCGGCGGGGCGGUUCCGGUUGUAAGACUACUUGUGUUGAAAAA